AUGACUCCAAGAGUUGAAGAACAAUACACAUCCGUCGAGAGAAAGGGUGCUUCGCACACUUUGAAAAGAUGUCAACAUUCCAAACAAGGAAAGAGUGACAAUAGCGCUAUACCGGCAAGUAACCGUCAUCAACUGCCAUUAUCUCAUUUCAAAGAACAACGAUUACCCAAUGGUGAAAAGCCCAAUUUUGGUCAUUCCUGUGAUAGAAAGAACUCGACAAAGAGAAAAGAAGAUGGAAACGGUGUCAAGACAAAGCACAAUCAAAAAAAGAACACUAAGACAAGGAAUAUAAAGAAACGUACUUCCUCGAGCGAGUUCAACAGAGGGGAUGUAAACAAGGAAAGAACCAAAUUGGAAAAGAAGACUGGUACACCCUACAUCUAUUUACAGAGCCCUAUGAAGUCUGAGUCGCAAACUCAAGCCCGUAGACCCUCAUCAUCGUCUACCACUUUUGCCGGCAGUACCUUUGCCACAGAUAUACCCUUGGAAUGCAAUCUACCGACGCCGAGCUUCGGUUCCCUUUGA